GCCAAGGAAAAACGAUAAAACAUGUAGAAACCAUAGCGGGUCCUUUCAUCUUGUGCGAAGGUUAAAAAUUAUAGCAGUCAAGUACACACGAAAUCAGAAAGUUGAAUCGUAGUUCAAAGCAAAUGGCUACUCAAAAACAAGUGGCUAUACCUUCAAGUAAAUGACAAAGCACUUUUAAGCGCGCAAGUGCAGCAAGAGAAUCUAGUAAAACCCGCAUAAAAGCAUACUUAGCUAGUAAUAAGCACUUGAGAAGAUGAAAAUGCACUCGAAAGCAAGUAAAUAAUCCUCCAAGGAAAGCUCUUGUUACAUCAAGAGAAACAAGUGAAAGCCGCAAAGAAAUUCACCUUAGCAAGUAAGAAACACUAAAGACAAUAACCACAAUGAAUGAUACAAGACUAUGUCCAGAUUAUUUGCAAAAGUACUUUGCUGAACAAUAUGACCCAGCAAGCUGGUUGACCCGAGCCGAAUACGUCAACCUGAUUAUAAACACCCUAUCCACCGUACCUGCCAUCUUCUUGAACCUUCUGGUGAUAGCAGCCACUCUUCGCUCCGACACCCUGCGGUCACCAUCCUUCCUGCUCAUCUGCAGUAUGGCGGUCAGUGAUUUCUUGGUCGGUGUGUUGCUUCAGCCGAGGUUUACGGUGCUCAGGGUGGCGGAGAUCACCGUAGACUUGGAUCUGUACUGCCGCGCUGCGCAGUUGCAUUUCGUUAUAAACGUUUUUAUGCUGGCAUCUUUGUUAACGGCAAUGCUGAUAAGCGUGGAUCGAUAUCUCGCGUUGCACAAAGGAAAAAGGUAUACCGCUAUCGUGACUCGAGGCCGUACAAUUAGAGCCCUCGUAAUGGCUUGGAUUAUUUCCAUUUGCUUUGGGGCAAUUGUCCCUGUUGUGUCUAUCUUCCUAUCCGUGGUGUUCUUAGCUUGUUUUGGCUUCAUUCUGGUGGUGGUCAUCAUCUUUUGUUAUAUAAUGUGCUGCUAUACUCUACGUCAGCAUCGCUACCGACUCAAAGCCAUUCACAAAAGCAAAGCAUAUGUUUUUUCUAGCAACAACACUCGGUCAAACAGCAACAAGAAGCACAGAGGGCGGUCUGACUGUAGCAAAGAAGCUGUUUCCGUCGUGCAUCGUCAAGUCAAGAAGAACAUCUUGGAAAACCAGCCCAAUCAAGGAAGAAAUGUUAUUGAAAGCCAGCAAAGCCUAAGCAAGAAGACAAAUUAUUUCAUCGCACCAACCAACAGCAACCAGACAAUGCUUCCCAAGCAUGCAGACCUUCGGGAUCAGCUACUUUAUUGUCGUAACCAACAAAGCCUUGUCAAUGUCUCAAUCCAUGACAACCAUCUCAACCCAUCAAGCUACGAUAACCAUUCAUGUCUAGCCAACCAGUCAAGCCUUAGUGAUAACCAGUCAAGCCAUGGUGGCAACCAUUCAAGCCUUGUUGGUAACCAGUCAAGCCAUGGUGGCAACCAUUCAAGCCUUGAUGAUAACCAGUCAAGCAUCGGUGGUAGCCAGUCAAGCCUUGGUGGUAACCAGUCAAGCCUUGGUAAUGACCAGUCAAGCCUUGGUGGUAACCAGUCGAGCCUUGGUGGUAACCAGUCAAGCCAUGGUAAUGACCAGUCAAGCCUUGGUGGUAACCAGUCAAGCCUUGGUGGUAACCAGUCAAGCAUCGGUGGUAACCAGUCAAGCCAUGGUAAUGACCAGUCAAGCCUUGGUGGUAACCAGUCAAGCAUCGGUGGUAACCAGUCAAGCCAUGGUAAUGACCAGUCAAGCCUUGGUGGUAACCAGUCAAGCAUCGAUGGUAACCAGUCAAGCCAUGGUAAUGACCAGUCAAGCCUUGGUGGUAACCAGACAAGCCUUGGUGGUAACCAGUCAAGCCUUGGUGAUAACCAGUCAAGCCUUGGUAAUGACCAGUCAAGCCUAGGUGGUAACCAGAUAAGUCUUGGUGAUAACCAGUCAAGCCUCGGCGAUAACCAGUCAAUCCUUGGUGGUAACCAGUCAACCCUUGGUGGUAACCAGUCAAGCCUUGGUGGUAACCAGUCAAGCCUUGGUAAUGACCAGUCAAGCCUUGGUGGUAACCAGUCAAGCCUUUGUAGUAACCAGUCAAGCCUUGGCGAUAACCAGACUGGAGAAGAUCAAACCAAAUCAUGUCACCAUUCCUCAAAGCACGGCUUGGCUUCAGACGAGUCAGUUUCUAGUGACACUUCCAGCGAUGACGUCAAACUCGACCUGAGCAACAUGGCAGACCUUGGCAAUGGCACAAGCCUUGCAUCUGUGCGAUACCGGCCUGAGGAGACUCUUAGCCUGACAAACUCUUUCUCAGAAGUCAAUCUCGUCAAAUACAAGAAGAUUUACCGCACGAUGUACCUAAUUAUUGCCCUUUUGUUCGCUUUCUAUGCGGUUCUUGUGGUAGUCACACCGGCGGUGUAUUUUGUGUCGGGUUACAACACAUGUACAAAGCUCGUCAGUGACCUCGGUGUGGCAAUGAUUCAUCUCAACUCAGCGCUAAACCCUAUUAUAUACCUUGUGCGCAUGCGCGAGGUCAGGGCUGCUUGCUUGACACUUAUCAAACAAUUAAAGGAUCUAAGAUUUCUACCAAUUUAGAAAGCGGAGUUAUAAGUAAAAAGACCAGAUUGUUUGGCAUUUACAGGAACUGUGAAGGAUCUAAAAGUUCCACGUUAUAACACAAUUACUUCAAGAAAAAAUAUUAUAUUAAUUUAGAUAUUAAGGAAGUAGUAAAAAGGCAGCUUAGAGCGCUGAUAAGACAAGGUUUUCAAAGACCCAACAAUGAGCAACAUUUUAUCAAGAAUAACAGUAAAAGAUAUAAAAUUCUGGAACUUUAUGUGUUUCCCCGAAAAAGCAUUUAUUCAAUAAAUCAGACGAGAGAAAAACAACUAAAACAAACACUGCCAUCAGGCAACUUAAAGUAAACUAAGAAUUAAUAGGAAUAAAAAGUUUAUUAUCCAAACCAAGUAUAAAAAACGCAACAAUGACAUAAAAUGUCGAGAAACAAUAACAUCAACGACGACAAAAGACAGCAAUUAACAACGACAACCGAGACAAUAGUUGCAAUAACAUCUUUUAUUAUCUUUCUCUCUUUUCUCUUACUAAACACAACAAGCUCACACAUUCUUAACAUCUCGAACCUUUACUCUAUAAUCCACCAUUCCUGGUCUAAGUAGAUAAUGUAUCGCAGAAGGAGUUCAUGAUGGCGUUGAGGCGCCGGACGAGAUCGUCAAAUGUUUCCAGCAUGAACACGUUAGAAGCGUCCCCAAGGGCAAUUAUAUCGAGCUCUUUCUUGCCAAUUGAGUGCCCGACGCCGACCGCCACGAUCUUGACGUCCUUGUCCUUAUGAAACACAUACACACAAAUCAAUAAAGUUUUUUUCAAUGG